AUGACUUCGUUCGUCAUAAACUCUCACCUCGAUCGUCAAGUUCCUUUUAAUUGGCGAACAGAUUCAUCCUGCCCUUUUUGUCGCAUUAUCAUUGAUGAAGCUCCCUCAUCUAGGGUCUUUGAAAAUGAGAAAGUUGUUGCUUUCUUAGACAUCAUGCCAUUACGGCCAGGCCAUACGCUGGUCGUCCCAAAAUUCCACUGCCCUCGAGUAUCCGAGCUACCGUCCGAAUUUGCUGCGGCAGUCGGGGAAGCUGUGUCCAAAAUUGCUAAUGCUCUAACAAAAGCUCUGGACCAUACAGCGCUCAAUGUUGUAUGCAAUCAAGAAUACGCGCAGGCCGUUCCUCAUGUCCAUUAUCACAUCAUCCCGGCACCCAAGCUAGGAGUUUCAAAGCCAGAAAUCGAUACAAGAACGGGUACAGUUCGUUCAAGGCUGCCGCCCACCGAACGCGAGAUGCAUCGGAUGGAGUUUGAGUCGAGAGACGAAUUAGACGAGGAUGAAGCAAAAGAUCUAGUUGAGCGGAUACGAGCACAUUUGUGA